AUGAAGCUAUCUGCUGCACUACUAUCGUCUUUGGCCAUUGCUCUACAGGCCGUAUAUGUUGAUGCUGCUAGUCAGAAACAGUGUGCGUCUCCAAAAACCACCACCGUUUAUUCCACUUCUGCAAUACCAUUCCCUCAACAUGUUACCUCCCAAGAAAAACCAUCUACAACGAGCACUUCGGCAAGCAGCACCUCUUCACAAGAUUCUACUUUGACUUCUUCACAGAUAACCACUAAAUCCACCCAGGAAAAUACCUCAUCUGCUUCUUCAGAGGAUCCUGCUGCCUCAAGUACCUCCGUUGAAACCACAGCACCAUCGACGCCAACCACAUUAUCUACCUUAACCCAAGGAGAAACAACCUCUACGUUCUCCUCUUCUUCGGCGACAACAUCAAAGCUCACUCCAGCAACAACUACCGCUAAACCAAUAACUACAUCAUCCUCCUCAACUUCAUCAACUUCAUCAUCAUCCACAUCUUCAUCAGCAGCUCCAACUUCUUCCUCGCUACCUGCAACUCCUCCGUACGAAUCCGAGCCUUACACAAGUUUCAAAUCUAGAUACUUGGAAGCGCAUAAUUAUUUCAGAUCUUUAAUGCAAGAUACUCCUGCAUUGACUUGGAGCGAUGAGAUUGCAUCUCUUGCUCAAGAUUCUGCUAAUAACUAUCAAUGUAAUGGUAUUUUAACUCAUACUGGUAAAACAUAUAAAGGUGAGCAACUAGGUGAAAAUUUGGCGUACGGAUAUAGUUUUGAAAAGGCAUGGGCUGUUAGAGCUUGGUUUAAUGAAAUUGAAUACUACAAUUAUAACGAUCCUAAAUUUGAUGAAAGUACCGGUCAUUUCACACAAUUGGUCUGGUCAAGAACAACAGAAGUUGGUUGCGGAUACAAAUAUUGUGGUGAGGUUUAUGGUGACUAUAUCAUCUGCAACUAUUAUGAAUCCGGUAAUUGGGACGAUCCAGAUGAUUUAUCUUAUUAUUACAGACUCUACGUCCAUGAACCAAUCAACCCAGCAACCCUAAAAGGUUUCCCAAUACCUAACUAA